AUGGCUACGAAUGGCAGCGGUUCUGGCUCUUCUCAGACCAAUGUUCCUCCCUUUAAUAGAGAGAGUUACAACCUAUGGAGCUUGAAGAUGGAGACCAUUCUCCUCUCUUGUAAUCUAUGGGGAAUGGUUGAGAAGGGAUAUAAUGAAGAAGAAGAAGAUAAGCAGGAGCUCAGUGAUCCAACAAUUAUUGGCAAGAUACUCCGGAGUUUAACUCUAAAGUUCAGUCAUGUGGUGUCCUCCAUCAUUGAAUCAAAGGACAUGAGUUCUCUCACCGUUAAAGAACUCAGUGGGUCUCUCGGAGGUCAUGAAGGUAGAUUAGAUCUUGAGCAAGACCACACGGAGGAAGAGGGAGAGGCUGAGGUAGCUUCAGAGGUCGCUUAUGUGGUAAAGGAAGAGGGCGAAGCUCAGAGACCAAAGGCUUUCAAGUGCUGGUACAAGGAUAAAGCUAUGAAUUUUGCUGAAGAGGAAGAGAUUACACACCUUUUCAUGGGCAGUAGAGGUUCAAGCAAUGAACAUGAGAAUGUUUCAUUGCUUGACAGUGGAUACUCAAACCAUAUGACUGUGAAGAUUGGUGACAAAAAUGUUCUUAAGGUGGCUGGGAUUGGUUCUUUGUUAUUUAAAUCAAAAACAGGGAAGCUAAGGGAGCUUAGUAAUGUCCAAGAUAAGGAGUCAAACUCUCUCCUUGCUCAGGUUCAAAUGACACAACACAAGUUGUUCCCUCUCUCAGUUGAUGAAGUAGGGUUAGCUCAUGUUUCUUGCAAAGGAGAUGCAUCUAUUCUUUGCCACAUGAGAUAUGCGUGGGUAUACUUCCUGCAGACUAAGUCACAUGCUUUUAAGAGCUUCAAAAUGUACAAGAUAAUGGCGGAGAAGCAACUUAAGCGGUCCAUCAAGGUUUUGAGGACCGAUAGAGGUGGGGAAUUCACCUCCAGGGAGUUCCAGCUAUUUUGCGAAGAGAACGACGUUAAGUGUCAACUCAUAGCACCUCACACCCCGCAGCAGAACGGCGUUGUGGAACAGAAGAACCGGACGGUCGUAGAGAUGGCACACUGUAUGCUGAUGGAGAAGAGCGUUCCUACUAAUCUAUGGGGAGAAGCUGUCUCCACUGUGGUUACUUGUUAG